UGUGUUUGAAACUUUUGCAACACUGUUCUAGUAAAUAAUCAUAUUUAUUUUGGUAAAAUAAUUGUAAGCCUGCAAAAUGUCCGAGCGCAAGGUUUUAAACAAAUACUACCCCCCGGACUUCGAUCCGUCGAAGAUUCCGCGGAUGAAACUGGCCAAAAACCGGCAGUACACCGUGCGAUUGAUGGCUCCAUUUAAUAUGCGCUGCAAAACAUGCGGGGAAUAUAUUUACAAGGGCAAGAAGUUCAAUGCCCGCAAGGAGGAUGUGGAGAAUGAGACGUACCUGGGCAUCAGGAUCUAUCGUUUCUACAUCAAGUGCACGCGCUGUCUGCAGGAGAUCUCCUUCAAGACGGAUCCGCAGAACACGGACUACGAGAUCGAGGCGGGGGCCACAAGGAACUUCAUGGCCCUCAAGCUGGCCGAGGAGCAGGCGAGGCGCGAGGAGCAGGAACUGCGCGAGGAGGAGGCCAACAAUCCGAUGAAGCUGCUCGAGAAUCGCACCCAGCAGUCGCGCAACGAGAUCGAAAUGCUGGAGAGUCUGGAGGAGUUGCGGGAUCUCAACCGGCGCCAGCAAACGGUGGACUACACCACACUGUUGCAGCAGUACAACACGGUGGAGACGGAGCGGGAGCGACAGGAGCGGGAGGAGCGCGAGGACGAGGACUUUAUCAAGUCUGUCAACUUCAAGAACAAAUCCGAAGGAGGUGCUCGCAUUGUGGCCGAGGAAAUCAUUGAGGAGGUUAAGGAGGAACCGGUGGAUCCACUGCCAGCUCCACCACCUGCCAAACAGGCCAAGUCCAGGAUGCUGAGUGUUUCCGCCUCUUCAUCCAGCAAAGCUUCAGCUUUGCAGCCCUUGGUUAAACGGAAGACGCCCUUGGUUCUGGUGAAACCCAAAACACCCUCAGUAGUGACUCCUAUUGAAUCCAAACCAACCCCCAGCUCCACAUCUGCCCCACCUGUUCCAGCGAAAACUAAAGCUCCAAAUCCCCCAGCUGCAGCACCAGCUGGUCUUUCCCUUUUGGCUGCCUACAGCGACAGCUCAGAGGAUUCCAAUUGACCAAGCAUUUACCUGAAGCAUUUAAAAAGCCAAUACAAUUUAAAAGAAUACAAAUCAAA